AAGAUGCGUGAGCUCGUGCACGUGCAGGGUGGACAGUGUGGCAAUCAGAUCGGCGCCAAGUUCUGGGAGGUCAUCGCGGACGAGCACGGCAUUGACCCAACAGGCACCUACCAUGGAGAUUCGGACCUGCAGCUGGAAAGGAUCAAUGUCUACUUCAAUGAGGCAACUGGUGGCCGCUACGUGCCCCGGGCUGUGCUCAUGGACCUGGAGCCGGGGACCAUGGACAGCGUGCGCGCAGGGCCCUUCGGUCAGCUCUUCCGGCCGGACAACUUCGUCUUCGGACAGACCGGGGCUGGCAACAACUGGGCGAAGGGCCACUAUACAGAAGGGGCCGAGCUCAUCGACUCAGUGCUCGACGUGGUUCGAAAGGAGGCCGAGGGCUGCGACUGCCUGCAGGGCUUCCAGCUGUGCCAUUCCCUGGGUGGAGGCACGGGCGCGGGCAUGGGCACCUUGCUGAUCUCCAAGGCCUUGUACGACAUUUGCUUCCGCACGCUGAAGCUGACAACGCCAACUUACGGCGACCUCAACCACUUGGUCUCAGCAGCCAUGUCCGGGGUGACUUGUUGUUUGCGCUUCCCCGGACAGCUGAACUGCGACCUGCGCAAGAUUGCCGUGAACUUGGUGCCGUUCCCGCGGCUGCACUUCUUCAUGACCGGCUUCGCACCGCUGACCUCCCGCGGGUCGCAGCAGUACCGUGCUUUGACGGUGCCUGAGCUGACUCAGCAGAUGUUUGAUGCCAAGAACAUGAUGUGCGCGGCAGAUCCCCGUCACGGGCGCUACUUGACGGCCGCAGCGCUGUUCCGGGGCCGCAUGUCCACAAAGGAAGUAGAUGAGCAGAUGCUUAACGUGCAGAACAAGAACUCGUCCUACUUUGUGGAGUGGAUCCCGAACAACAUCAAGGCAUCGGUCUGCGACAUCCCGCCGAAGGGCUUGAAGAUGGCGGUCUCCUUUGCCGGGAAUUCCACCGCCAUCCAGGAGAUGUUCAAGAGGGUUGCGGAGUACUUCACCGCUAUGUUCCGCCGCAAGGCAUUCCUGCACUGGUACACCGGUGAGGGCAUGGAUGAGAUGGAAUUCACAGAGGCCGAGUCCAACAUGAACGACCUGGUCUCCGAGUACCAGCAGUACCAGGAUGCCACUGCGGAGGAGGAAGGUGAAUUUGAUGAAGAGGAGGGCGAGUAUGCGCCGGCUCCCUCCCGGGUGGUGCGUGGCCGCCGGGCCUUCGGCAGCCAAAGCUACCUCCGGUCCUGGGACCUCAGCGAGCCAGGCCAGAGACUGGAGGAGGAUUCCAAGGAGCACCAGGAGAUGAUGCAAGCAGCGCUGCUGCUGGAGUCGUUGGUGCCAACCAGGCUCCAAGCAGAUGCCGAAGCUUGUGCCGUGUGCCGCGAGCCAAUGCGCCGGGCGGAGUUGGUGCGGCGCCUGCCCUGUGCUCACGUCUUCCACGCGGCGUGCAUCGCCCGGCCCUUCUCGGCCUUGGUCGCCACUCGCCUCCCCUUUUCGCGGUACGGACGGUCCUCGGACGGCCGCUCCGAACUCUCCGAGCUCCGGCACCUCUUCGCCGCUGUACCAGCCCAGCCGGUCGCCCUCACCACGGCCCGGGGGAAGCCGCGACGCGGCUUCCGACGGGCCGAUGCUGGUGGAGUAGGUGGCCGCGUUCCGGAUGGCCAAAUCGCCACGGAGUCCGUGGAUCGGGAAGUUUUGAAGGUGAAGUUUGGCGCGGACCUCCUGGCCCAGGCGGAGCACGCCCUGGCCUGCGCCACGGGCGAGACAGGCGCCGGCUGCGACGGCGCGCGGUCCGCAAAGCUCCGAAACGUGCUGGCACGCACACAGCCCGACGAGCGCAAGGGAUUCCUCUCUUUGCUCAGUGAGCGCAAGAAGAACCCCUCCAUCGCAGUGGUGUCGGUCUGCUACCCGGACAAUGUCCCGUACGCGCAGAACCCCACUGGGGGCAACCCUCCAGGACCCUGGCAACAAGUCUGCAACGCCGCGAGGAAGAACUUCGAAGCCUACUGCAAUCGGCACGGAUACAGGCUUUUCUUCGUGGACCAGGCGCCUGCUGGGGGCGCUGGCCGGCCAGCCACCUGGGCCAAGGUGCUGGGCAUCCAGCAAGCCUUCCGAGCCCCCGGGGUGGAGGCCGUGUUUACAAUGGACGGAGAUUCGCUGUUCAUGAACUUCGAGAAGGACCUGGAGAGCUUGUUGCCCAAAGGCGGCAAGCAGUUGACGAUCUCCGGCGAUAUGAACUGCUUUCUGAACGCCGGGCACAUGAUGUUCAAGAAGAGCGAGUGGAUGGCCAGGUUUCUGGAUGAGACUUGGAGCAUUUGGCCAGCGCCGUCCCCUUGGGACGAGCAGUCCGCCUGGAUCUAUCAGCUUUCAGACCUGCCGGCGCCGCAGCGGGCGCAGUGCCGCCAGCACUCGGAGCCCUGCUGCGCGGGGCCGGUCAUCGAGAAGGCGGACCGCAGGAACCAGGCGGAGAUGAACGCGUUCUACGAGCAGUUCAAGCCAGGCGACUUCAUUGUGCACUUUGUGUCCAGGGCCGCGCAGGAGAAGGCCAACCUCAUGACGGAGUACGGGAAGCGCGCCUUGGGCCUGGUCACCAUGCAGCAGCUCCUGGAGUUCCACACCCACCUCACCUCCUGA